CAAGCCUUCCAGCUCAGUGAGCAAACCUACAUCCAGAACCUCAACCUGAGCUACAAAUCUUCUCAAAACUCACUAACACCAGGUUAUUGUCCAACAGGUUUAUUUAAGAUCACAAGCUUUUGGAGCACUACACUUUAGUCAGGUGAAGUUCUGACUUUGUAAAAACAAGGAUUGCAGAUGCUGGAAACCAGAGUCUAGAUUAGAGUGGUGCUGGAAAAGCACAGCAGGUCAGGCAGCAUCCGAGGAGCAGGAAAACCUGAUUUUGUCCACCCCAGUCUAACAGCAGCAUCUCCACAUCAAGAAUUUUUAUGGGUGAGCCCAACCUUAUGCUGCCAGACAGCUUGAGCUUUUCCAGCCAUUCUCUGCCUUUGUUUCAGGUUCAACAUUCCAAUAUCUUUUACACUGCUUGUGCUGACUGUGCCCGAUCUAUCCGAAGAGAGAGAACUGGAAAAUGGAGUGCUGUGUUUGAUUAAACGAAGAAAAAAAAAUUACCAUUAAAUAAUCAAGACUUUGUACUUUUGAUUUUCAUAAGCCCUGUCAUCCUUAGCACUGGGUAAACAAUGGCUUACUCUGCCUGGUUGAUUUUGGUUAUCUUCCUCCUGUCCUGUGAUGAUGGCCAGAUGACGUGCUUCCCAGGAUGUCACUGUGAAGUGGAAAGUUUUGGAAUGUUUAGUAGUUUCAGUCUGACUAAAGUUGACUGCAGUGGGGUUGGGCCCCAGCUUACCGGUGUCCCCAUACCGUUGGAUACCUCUUACCUGGACUUAUCCUCUAACCACUUGAAGACCAUCUCCCCCUUGAUGUUUACUGGACCUGGCUACACAACGUUGGUGAGUCUCGAUCUUAGCUACAACGAGAUUAUCGGCAUGCCUUUCAACACAUUCUCUAAACUGAGAUACCUUGAGACGCUUAACUUAAGUCAUAAUUCCCUGGAGGUGCUCGAAGAGGGAAUAUUUUCAAACUUGCCUCUUGGAGAAAUUGACCUCAGUGCUAACAAACUGCAUGAUAUCAACUUCGACAUUUUCACAUCCAAGGGACAUGGGAAGCCCCUAAGUGUAGACCUUUCAGACAAUCGAAUAACCACUGUUGUCCGAAGUCUGGAUAAAAGUGUUCCCAAUAUUUAUAGCCUAGAUUUGUCAGAAAAUAAAUUGGAGUCUGUGCCAACACGUUACCUUUCUGGUGUUCCACUACGCUAUCUCUAUCUCGGUCAUAACCUCAUCUCUAGUAUUCCUGAGAAUGCUUUCACGGGAUUGCAAGAACUGACCCACUUAUCGCUACGGAAUCUUCCUAGACUGAUGGAACUAUCUCCCAAUAGUUUUAAGGGGCUGCAGAACUUGCAGGUCUUAGACUUGUCAAGUUGUGUGAACUUGAAAUUCGUAAAUGUGGCUGUGUUUGGAGGCCUGAGCUCCUUGCAGGAGCUCUACCUGGAGAAGUCUGGAGUUGCAACACUGUCAAGUAACAUUUUGAACUACCUGCCUUCCAUUAAAAGAAUCUCUGUUGGAACCAGCUUAAUGAGAUGUGGGAAGACGGCAAAAGAAGGCUCCUUCCAUCGACAGUUUGGCUUUGUUCAGAAGGAACAGACGUUGCAUUGCUUAGAUAUUAGUGGGUCCUCAGACACUGAGUAUGUCUUGAAAUUAAAAUGAGCCAAAUCUGAACAGCAGUGAAGGACGGGCCUUUAUUUUUGAUAACUGUGCCCUUCUCUUUGAAUGAAACAAUAAGUGCCUUCAUUUACUAAACAUCCUGAUUCCAAAAAUCUUUUUAAGAGUCCCUGCCUUUAAAAGCUUCACUUUCUUGUACAAAUUUGUAUGUGGAAUUUUACUCCCAUCGGAUGCAAGUUGACUCCCUGCCUUUUUUAGUUUCAGUAAUCAGGGGCAUUCGGAGCAAAAAUAUACAGCAGUCUUCAACAAACACAAAAGCCUGCAUGAAUGUGCCUAGCCUAAUUUGGCUUUCUAAGCAACUGUCUGUCCAAACAUUGAGUGAUGCUGUAGAUGUAAUUUCUAAUUUGCACAAUAUCGUAACUGUGGGUGAGACUUGGAAAUUCCAAGUUGUGAUGGUGGAAUGAUGAUCUCUUUCUUAAAUUCUUGUAUGUGCCACAUUUUCAUCCAUCAGCAGAAUUGUAUUCUUCUGGAAUAGAGUUUGUUUAAUUUUUCAGCCUGUCGCUUAAAUGGAAAAACUGUGCUACUUUGACAUAAGUUGUUCAAGACAAGCUGUUGAUUUCACAUACUCAGCUUUAUUUUUCACCUAAAUCACACCCCCUUUUUCUUUGUUUUAAAUAAAUUUAUAAUUUAGAUGUGUAAUUACCUACCUCCACUUUGCUACAGUAAGAUUAAAUAUGUGGCUCAGUAAUAAAACUGAGGCAUCAGAUCACUUUACAUUGUAUUAUAUAAUCCUCGCUGUUAGUCCAAUGUCUUCCACUUUUGUAUUGUUAAAUCUGAUUAUUGAUGUAUUUCGUUUGAUUUUUCUCUCAACUUAGGAUGUAGGUUUGCUCGCUGAGCUGUAGGUUUGAUAUCCAGACGUUUCAUUACCUGGCUCGGUAACAUCAUCAGUGGCGACCUCCAAGUGAAGCGAAGCUGUUGUCUCCUGCCUUCUAUUUAUAUCUUUCUCCAGGCUGGGGUUCCUGGGGUUUGUGAUAUAGGAGACAUUUUGGCAGUACCUGUUUUCUUAAACAUUCAUGCAGGAAGUACAGUUGUUCGCGGGUGGAACUCUCUCGGAUGGCAUUCCUUUCCCAUCUUCGAGCAAGUUGUAGCGUGUUGCGCCCAUAGGUGUUUGCAAGGUUUGUGAAGGUUUGUAGCUCAGGUUGAGGUUUAGGAUGUAGGUUUGCUCGCUGAGCUGUAGGUUCUCUCAAUCUCUAAUCAGAAAUUGUCAGUGUUUUAAAGUCACCCUCUGGUACCUCACUCCUAGUUUGUCAUUCAUUGAGAAGUGAGUGUGGAUUAAGAGUGAGACCAUUUUUGGGCUUUGUGGCUGAGAGCAGGAAUCACAGCUGCACCUGAUCCCAACCUCAACUGAUUCAGGAGAUGUACUUUCUGGUAUGAUGUGUCAUUCAGCUGUGGGAGGCUUCACAGUGGAGGUUGAUCCUGUCCUCAAUCAGCAUUCCAGUGGUCAGUGACCAGAAGCAGGAACCGUGACUGUUUUCAUCUCCUGUUAACAUUGAUUCAAGUGUAGCAUCUGAACAUGGUGCAAAUUUGACAAGAUAGUUUAACAAGUGAGCUGAAGCAUUUUAUGCUUUAACCAGCUGAGCCAAUAGGGAUAACAUUAUGGUUUAUUUUUUUCCUCUCUUCUUCCCUCCUCCUCUUCUUCCCCCAAACCCCCGUGCACAUGCCCCACAACCACCAUCACUCUACACCACCUGCUGAUAGCUGGCUACCCAGAAUAUCUGGACUGUGCACUCAGUCCAUUAGUGCUGCGCAGCUGUAGCUCUUGGCUCCUGUACAGGGCUCCUCUUAACCAAGGCCAGCCGUUUUGUAAUGAUGAGCUGAGCAGGGUCUUUUUGAUUUGCCCAAGCCAAGCUGCAACAAUCUUGCCUCAAGAAAAGUAAAGAUAAACAGUGGUGAGUUAGUGGAAGCAGCUCAUUUCAACAUCCCAGCUGGUGAGGUAUCCAAUUCCAACAUUAUCCCAGGAAAUAUGAAAUCAGAUUUUAAAAAAAGACACCUGUGUCAUUUAGAAUUUUGACAAUACAGCCUUUUGGCCCAUUACUCUUUUUUUUGACAUUUUCAAUUGCUGACACUUGGUGAAACAGUUAAAGUUUUAAUUCUUCAGCAAAUUGUAGUUUGUUUCUAUAUAGAGUAUGUUAGAUGGUGUAACAUCAGCAUAGGGCCUUGAGUAUUUGAAGUGGUGACUUAAGUGUUCAAGUUCCACCCCAGAGAACUCGGUUUUGGGCUGACACUUCAAUGUUGCUUUAUUGAAGGCACCGUCUUUCUGAUGAGACUUCAAAGCAAGACCCACACGUCUUCAUUCCGAAAGAAAGUGUAAGAGAACCCAUGAUAUUAUUUGGAAAAGGGAGGGUGCAGGACAAGCACACUCGCUUAAAUGCAGUGGGCUUUGAUGAAAUCUCUAUUUUUUUGUUUUUUAAAAAAGAUUUUUCGUAAUCUUAGAUCCGGUGGGUUUGACAUUCGGGGUUUCUGUUCUAUGACUGAUGUUCUCAUCCAUGCUAGACUUGAUGAAAAUCUUAUAUUUAUAUACAUGGUUCUGUAGCACCGAUCUGCUGCUUAAGGCAUCGGUAUCUUGCUAUUCUUGGUGGAACAAGGUGUACAGAGUCAAGAGUAUAAGUAAUUACACUUGGUGUCCAGCUGUUGUCUCUGACCCUAUUUUGAGUUAACAUUGAGUGCAUAAAAAGAUAUGAAAACAGAACUUCAAAACAGUACAGCUUUCCUCUCCCUUCCCCACUUUAGUGUUUUUGUUUCACUGUGCUUUAUGAAAUUAUUGAGAAACAAUUUAGUAGUUCCUUAUCUUACAAUGCAAUUGAACUUUUGGACAUAUGGGUGCUGAUUACAUUCUGCACAUUUAAAAUAAAAUGGUUGGGUCUUGUUCAUUAAAUUAUAGGAGCCAUCUGUCUGCUGAACAUAGUGUCUCUGUCUAGCUUUCUGCUGAUCUCCUAGGAAGUUCCAUUUGAAGCAUGGCUUAUAGAAGAGAGCGCUUUUCGUGCGUGAAAGUGUACUGUCAAGGAUGGCAGAUGAAUAGUAGGUACUUGGCUGCCUGCCAGGUGAGGUCUGGGCACAAGGAAUCCAUGCCUUCAAGAGUGAAGUUGAAAUAAAAGGAGGGGUGAGAUGGCUCUUGCCUUUGAGAGUACUGGUAGAGUUGCUCUUUUUAUAAUUGUUAAUGACACUUGCUUUCAUGGAUAUAUGUAAUGAUAUAUGAACACUAAUGUUGCCUUUGCAUUCCUGUGGUGUAUAGUUGGAUAAUGUGACAAUCAAAUCAAUGCUGAGAUGACAAUAAAGGCUUCAUGCACUUGCAAACUGCCACAUGACACUACUAUCUGAGAAUUGCUGUCUUUCUCAGCAUAAUUUUCAUUUGUCUCGUGGCCAUUUUUACGGUUUCUCUUGGUUGUAAUUUGAAUUCUGAUAUUAAAUAUUGGUGAAAUAAAUUGCAGUUCUAUAAAA